GCUUUGCCUACAUUGGCUUGCUACCGAGCAGUUGGUCUAUGACAUCCUUACAAAAAAAGAUAAUUUAUAGAAAUGUGGUUAUGUGGGUUAUGUAAUAAUUACUGCAUGGUUAAAAAAAAAUCUAAAUAAAUUGGAAGCCAUAAAAUAAAACGAUCACAGCAAAUGUUCUGUAUUAUCCACUGCAAUGACGAACCUGGUACUGGGUGCCGGUAUCAGCGGCUUGUCAGCCGCCCACUACUUGCUGAAAACUGCUCAGAAAGCAACAGUUAUAGAAAGUUCUUCGAACUUGGGUGGGUGGAUCAAAUCAAUUCGGGAAGCUGAUGUACUGUUUGAACAAGGCCCACACACCGUGCGUGUAGCGGGAGACGGCGGUCCGAACACCUUAGCCCUGGUCGAAGACUUGGGUCUGGCGGACAGACUGAGCCCGAUAAAAAGCAGUCAUCCUGCCGUGAAGAACAGAAUGAUAUACGUGAAGAAGAAUCUUCACAUGCUACCAUCGAGCAUCACGUCUCUCCUGACGACCAGGCCCCCGUUCACGAAGCCGAUCGUCUCCGCCAUCUUUCAAGACCUCAAGGCCCCUCGCAAGGUAUGCGAGGACGAAAGUAUUUACGAAUUCGUGGAAAGGCGCCUGGGCAAGGAGAUCGCAGACUACCUGAUCACCGCAAUGGUCAGAGGAAUUUGUGCUGGUGAUGGGAAAGAAAUCAGCGUUAAAUUUUUGAUGAAGUCUCUUCACGAGGCGGAACAGGCCCACGGGUCGGUCGUGAAAGGAAUGGUGCAAAACAUGCUGAGGAAGCAGUCGCCUCUGCUCCCGGGAACCGAAAGUCCCCUGUACAAGAAAGCCAAGGACGAAAAGUGGAGUAUCUGGUCGCUGGACGGAGGCUUGCAAGUCUUACCCACGACACUUGCCGCCUCCGUCCGGACGCAGGGAGGGGAGAUUGUCCUAGACGCGCCCUGCGUGGCACUCAAGUUCGGCUCGGGCGGGGCUGUCGUGAAGACGAGGUCCUGCACGUACGAGGCCACCCACGUGUUCAGCUCGCUGCCGGCGCGCGGACUGGCCCCCCUGCUCCGGGAACAACACCCCGCCCUCGCCCGGGAGCUAGCCGGCAUCCCCACGGUGUCCGUGGCUGUGGUGAACCUGCGCUACGAGGGGAGGCAGCUCGACCGGGAGGCGUUCGGCUUCCUGGUGCCUUCAACCGAGAACCUGCCGCUCCUCGGCGUCAUAUUCGACAGCGUCUGCUUCCCCAGCGGAGGCGACACGGUGCUGACCGUCAUGAUGGGGGGCCGGUGGUUCGCGGAGCACCUGGGGACGGAUCCCGCGCCCCAGCACCUGCUCGACCUGGCCGAGGGCUACGUCAGGGACAUCCUGAAGAUAGCGUCGCCUCCCCGCUCCCACUUGGUGUCGGUGCUCAGGGACUGCAUACCCCAGUAUGUUGUAGGCCACCAGGCCAGGGUCGCGCGCAUCAAGCAGUACGUCAGCCAACACAAGCUGCCCCUUUCCCUCAUUGGCUCCUCGUUUGAUGGCGUCGGUGUGAAUGAUGUCAUUCUGUGUGCAAGGAGAGCAGUGGAUAAUGUUAAUCCUCGGUAGAUUUAAGCAUCAUAACUCCAUAUUUUGCAAAUAUUUAUUUGCGUCAUACGUCAGUGAAAGUCAGGGAAUUUGCUUGAAAUCCUGGAAAAGACGUGGAAAUUCGUCAGUGAUAGUAAUAUGGGGUCGUUACUACAACGCUGAAUGUCAACAUUUUACCACAACGCCGACAGCUAGAAAACUGCUGUGUACCACAACGCUGAAAUAACAACUGAAUAAAUUUGUGUUUCUUAAAUGUACCUUAAUGCCGAAAUACCACAAUCAAAUCUAACCUUACCUAACCUAACCUAACCUAACUUAACCUAGCCUAGUCUAACCUAGUCUAGUCUAACCUAACCUAACCUUUGUGGCAGUCCUGCAAUGACAUUUUUCGGCGUUAGUGUAUUUCGGCGUUGUGGUACACUGCAGUUUUAUAGCUGUCUGCGUUGUGGUCAAUUUGGCAUUUGGCCUUUUUUGUAUGUCGGCAUUGUGGUGCGUCCCCCGUAAUUUGAGGGGAAAUGACAUGCUUCUAUCUGUUUUCAUGCAGACUGUGAAAGCAUUUUUUUUUUGAAAAUGUUUUGCAAAUGCACUAUAAAAUGGUGGAGAUAAGAUUCUGUUUGAAAUUAAGUGUGUGGUGGUAUAGCUAGGGCAGCUGUGGUGAUGACUGAUGCUGUAGGCUUAAUUUUCUUCUUUUUUUUUUUUUUCCUCUAAGAAAACUGCAAAACAUGUAAAAAAUUAAAAAAUUUGAAUUUUUGAUCAAGGAAAGGGGAAGUUCUAUUACACAUUUGUGUAGACACCCUAUGUACAUAAAUGAAAAGCAACUGAUGUGCUAUUAAAAUGUUUUGGUCACACUGUCUUGCUUAUUUUCAGGGCUUCGUAGGUUCAAUCUCCAUAUCUGAUAAAUUUUUGAGCUACUCUAUAUGCAUCAUUCAAACUUUCUGACCUUCAGUGAUUGAUGUCAUGCUGUUGACCACACUUAAAGAAAUAUGAAAGUACAUUAUUGGAUUUUUUUUUUAAUAAAUCAAAUGUAUAACUACUCCUGUCUGCAGCCAAUUGAAGUGAGUUGGUGUUUUCCAGAAAUGACAAGAUAUUAAGUGCAGCUGUACCUACAUAUAAUCGCACCGAUAUGACAACUGGUGAAAUUGUUAAGAGAGCUAAUGUUCUAUGUCAAAUAGCAGGCAUAUUCAGAAGCUGUGAUAUUACAUAAUUAAAAAAAAUGUACAAAAAAAAAGUACAACCGAAGUCUCACAGUAUUGGUUAUAAACUUUUGUGAUAUGUUAAAUACUGCUUCAGUCGGCAUUACAAUCUAUACGUGCAAGUUUUUGUGUUCAUUGAAAUAAAUUUUUUUAUAAACGUUAAAUAUUGUGUUAAAGUAUAUUUACAAUAGAUUAUUUGGCUGGUUGUCCUAAACUGUGAUUGUUAUUAUGAUGUAAUGUUUAGCAAAUUAAUUUAUUUUUAAAUUAGGUGUAGGUUUUUAUAUUGUAACAUUAAUAAAAUGGUGAGUAUGCUCCAA